UCCGCACCGCACCACUAGAAAUCUCGUUCUAACCUCGUUUGAAUCUUAGAUCCUGCAGUGUGCUACGAUAGGUUCUGCAGGGUCGGAGUAAAGAGUAGGGCACUGCAGCAAGAGUGGGACCAGCGCUACGGUAAAAGAGGGGAUUGUCGAAAGGCGCAAGGAGCGGAAUAUUACGAGCGGAGCAGCACGAGCAGGCUAGCACGUGCGGAGUAGGACAAGGGGAAGACCACGACGAGCGGAGUACCACGCGCGGAGAAGCACAAGCAGGGCAUUACGAGCGGAGCGGAACCGCACGAGCAGGCUAGCACGAGCGGGGGAGCGUGAGCAGGCUAGCACGAGCGGGGGAGCGGGAGCAGGCUAGUGAGACUAUCAGUUUGAAAAGCAGCGGGGUAGCCCGAGCAGGCGAGCAGGUCCAGAUUAGCCCGAGCAGGCGAGCAGGUCCAUCAUGUUGAAGCAUCUGAGCCGCGUGCGCAUCGAGUUCAACGCGUUCGAUCGGCGCAACGCGGCGGCGCUCGAGUUCCUUGCGCAGUGCAACUCGCAGAAGGCGCGCGAGUCCAACCCCAAAUGCGACGUUGCGGUGAAGCGACGCACGGACGAUCACCCCCCCUUCGUUCAGGUCACAUUCAAUAACGGACAAGAGGAGACCAUGGACUGUACCCAGCUGACUGCGCAGAGCAUCCGCAGGUCGAUCCUGGACCGGGCAGAGGAGAUGGAGACGGCUCAGAUGUUCAAAGAUGCCGGGCUGCAAUGGCCCGUGGUGAUUCCCGACCAAGAGGCAGAGCUGGCCAGACGCAUGCAGGGGAAGAGCAGAUAGCAUUGGGUUGGUUGUACUAUCAUACAAUUGAAUAGUGGAGGCAUAAGGGCGCCGGGCUGCAAUGGCCCGUGGUGAUUCCCGAACCUUGACCAAGAGGCAGAGCUGGCCAGACGCAUGCAGGGGAAGAAGAGUUAGUACCUACGGUAGUAGUCGUUGCGUAGUGCAACUGACGAGGGGAGACGGAAGACUAGUGCAUCCAGAUGUCCGAAGACAGUGCUGCAAGGGCCCUUGGUGACACCAGAAUGUGAAUUCCUACAGCUCGCGCCAGACUCGCGACGAACUGAGACGCACUGCACGGAAUUGCGAAAUCAAUCCUGUGCACCGCACAGGACCACGUGAGUCUGACGUGAGGUGGUCUGGCGCGAGGUCAUAGGAAUUCGCUCUCAGUAAACCAGUACCAAACCG